AUGUUUAGAAGCAGCAACACAUUCAACCCCAACACUGACAUUCCGGAUCUUUCUGGAAAGGUGUACGUUGUCACAGGAGGGAGCGCCGGCAUCGGCUUCGGUAUCUGCGCCCACCUCCUCCAGCACAAUCCUGCCGCUCUUUAUCUCCUCGGUAAGAAGGAGGAGCACAUCCAGGAAGCCACUGAGGGUCUCAAGAAGUAUGGCGAUACCUCCAAAGUCCACUCCGUGCAGAUCGAGCUCGAAGACCUAAAGCAGACCGAUCAGGUCGCCAAAGAGCUGGCUUCGAAGCUCGACCGACUCGACGGCCUCAUCUGCAACGCGGGCCUGGGUUCUGGAGUCUUCAACCUGACCAAUGACGGCAUUGAUAGCCACAUGCAAGUCAACCACAUCUCUCAGUUCCACUUAUCCCGCAUCCUGCUUCCGCUGCUCCAGAAGACGUCGAACUCUCGCCUGGUGCUGCAAUCGUCUGACCUGCAUCGUGCAAUCAGCGACGUGAAGUUUGAAUCUCUCGAAGAGCUCAAUACGGAUAUUGGACCAACCAAGCUGUACAACCGCACCAAACUCGCGAUGGUCUUAUAUAUCCGAGCGCUGGCUGAGCGCAAGGGAAAGGGCCAGCUUGGAUUCGAUCCAAAGACGGAUACUGGACCCUGGAUGAACGCAACUCACCCUGGUGCUGUCAGUACUGACCAGCAGAAACAGGCGGAGGACGCAUACGGCGUUCUUGGAAAGGUUGGUGUCGCGAUUGUCAGGCCGUUUUUGAAGGAUCCUGUCGAUCAAGGCUGCAGACCCGCGCUUUUUGCCGCUACAGGGGAGGACAUCGUCAAGGACGCCAUUCAGGGACAAUACAUUGUGCCAGAUCGUAGUCCUACUAGUCCGUCUAGUGAAGCCCAGAACCACCAGCUCCAGGAGAAUCUGUGGAAGUUGACUGAGAAGAUAUUAGUGGACAAAUUGGGCUCUGUGCCCUAUGAGACUCAAUAUGUUUAG